CACUGCUAAAAGCGAUGAACAAGAGAAGUUUAAAGUAAAUUACGCGAUUAAUUAUUUGCCAAUAUCCCGUAAAAUUUAUUUUAUAAUUGAGAAAUAUUUAUAACAAGCUUGUCUCCAUCGGUUGCCGCAGCCCGGCCAAUGGGAAUUAAGUGAAAAUCCAUUGAAUUUAAGUGGAAAAAUACAAGUGAAAAUUAAACAGAAAAAAAGUGUUCUCCUCGGCCAAAAAGAGAAAUAGCAAAAAGAAGCAGCAUAUUAACAGCAGAAGCAAGCAGCAAAACCAUAGAAAAUUAAUGCGUUGGAACGAAAGAAGUAAAUAAAUUUUGCUUUGUAAUGUUUUUUAUGGAGGCUACACCAACAACGGCGGGCGACUACAACAAACAAAGAAACAAAGCAGCAUUAUUUUGAUGUACCCGUAUGUACAUAAAUAUAUAUGCGUACAUAGAUAAUUAAAGAGCCUCAUCACAGACCUGACUGGAUGAAGACUUCCAAGAAAAACCAUUAAAAUUUAAAAGCUAAUGCUAUAAAUAUUUGCAUUACUCCCAUAGAAAAAAAAUAAACAUACAUACAUAUAUAUUUCGUACUAACUGUGAAAAAAAACAACUUUUAGGAGGGACUAAUUUUGAAUAUUUUUUUUAGUAAAAAGUACUAGCCCUCCAACAAAAACAACAACAAAAUGUGGAAUUCGGAUAAACAACAGAAUGGUGUUAUAACAUCUUCAACAAAUUCAAACUCUUCCUCGACAACGACCACACAAAAUAAUGGCAAUGGCUCUGCAACGACGCGCAAUCCUCCCAAACAGUUGGGCAUGACAUCGGCCAUCAGUUUGGCUGGGCCUCGACCCGAAGAUAUACAAAAAUCCGAAGAAUUACGCAAAACACUGGAACCCUACAAAGUCUUUGAGUCCGAAGAGGAACUCAAUCAUCGCAUGGAGAUACUUGCCAAACUUAAUACGCUGGUAAAACAGUGGGUUAAAGAUGUUUCCAUAGCCAAGAAUAUGCCCGAGGCAGCUGCACAAAAACUCGGUGGCAAAAUCUACACAUUCGGCUCAUAUCGCCUGGGUGUACAUCAUAAGGGUGCAGAUAUUGACGCAUUGUGUGUGGCACCACGCAAUAUAGAACGCUCUGACUAUUUUACCUCAUUCUUUGAGCUAAUGAAAAAGCAACCUGAAGUAACCGAAUGCCGGGCUGUGGAGGAGGCUUUUGUGCCCGUAAUAAAGAUGAAUUUUGAUGGCAUUGAAAUUGAUUUAUUGUUUGCCCGUUUAUCUCUAAAAGAGAUACCCGAUGAUUUUGAUUUGCGCGAUGAUAAUUUGUUGAAGAACUUAGAUCCCCGUUCUGUGCGUAGUUUGAAUGGUUGUCGUGUAACAGAUGAGAUUUUAUCCCUGGUACCGAAUAUCGAGAAUUUUCGUUUGGCGUUGCGUUCCAUAAAGUUGUGGGCUAAAAAACAUGGCAUCUACUCGAAUUCCUUGGGCUAUUUUGGUGGUGUCACCUGGGCCAUGUUGGUAGCGCGUACUUGCCAAUUAUAUCCGAAUGCUACGGCUUCCACAUUGGUACACAAAUUCUUUUUGGUAUUUUCACGAUGGAAAUGGCCACAUCCGGUUUUACUAAAACAUCCAGAUAAUGUCAACUUACGAUUUCCGGUCUGGGAUCCCAGAGUGAAUGCCUCAGAUCGUUAUCAUCUAAUGCCGAUUAUAACGCCGGCAUAUCCACAACAGAAUUCCACAUUUAAUGUUUCGGAAUCGACCAAGAAAGUCAUAUUAAUGGAAUUCAAUAGAGGCAUGACAACCACCGAUGAAAUAAUGUUGGGCCGUGCCUCUUGGGAUAGAUUAUUCGAAGCUCCUAGUUUCUUUUAUAGAUAUCGCCAUUUCAUUGUACUUUUGGUAAAUUCACAAACCGCUGAUGAUCAUUUGGAGUGGUGUGGUUUGGUCGAAUCUAAAAUCCGUUUACUUAUAGGCAAUUUGGAGCGUAAUCAACACAUUUCAUUGGCCCAUGUCAAUCCAAAAUGUUUUGAUCAUAAAAAAGGCAGCGGCAACAGCAGCAGCAACAACAACAAUAAUAAUAGCAACAACAAUAAUUCUUGUUCACAAAAUAGCAGCGGCAAUGAAGAUGACAAAUCGCAAACAUCAUCCGUUGGUGGUGCUAACAGUAGUGCAGGCAGUGUCGGUGGUGUUUCACAACAAUCAUCAUCGUCGGCCUCGUCAACUCUAUCCACAUCGCCAUUCUGUUCAAUGUGGUUUAUAGGUUUAGAAUUUGAACGUACGGAAAAUCUCAAUGUAGAUCUAACGGAAAAUAUACAAAAUUUCACAGAACAUGUUAUACAACAUGGUGUAAAUAUCAAAAUGUUAAAGGAGGGCAUGUCCAUUGAGGCGCGCCAUGUCAAGCGUAAACAAUUGUCACAGUAUUUAGAUGGCGAUUUCCUGAAGAGGGAACGUAAAUCCAUGGACAGUCAUAAUAGUUUCAACAAUGCGAUCAUAGCCAAUCGCAAACGACUCUCCAGUGAGUUGUUACAAAAGGACGGCAGUAAUGGUAGCAGUAGCAAGAGAUCACGUGUCAGUGAAUCGAAUGAGGAAAAUUCAAAUGCAUCAAGUGACGCCGGUGGAGCCACAACACCUACAACACCCACCGCAUCGCAACAAACACCGCCAACAUUUAACAAUGCCAGCAACACCAUUAAGCAACCAACAUCAGCUACGGCAACGCCUAUGGUGGAGGAUCAUUCGGAUAAUAGUAACAGUGGCAGUGCGGCGGCAGUAAGUGGUGGGGGCAAUGGAAGUGCAGCUGCGCCUGUUGCUAGUGCUGCAGCAGCUACAGCAUCAACACAACCAGCAACCGAAGUGGCAUGCUCGUGACCGCCGCCAACAACGACAGCAACGCCGCAUCCCCAUCUUUAUCCUCCCGCACAUACGUUGUUGACCCAUGGUUCGCCACAUCCGCUACAUAAUACGCAUAAAUUCCGUAAAAAUAACAAUGCCGCUGCAGCUGCCAAUUCCAAUAGCAUUUUUUGCCAACGUCUAACAUCCUCCUCUGCCACUGGCUCAUCGGCGUCCACAUCGCCCUCAGCAACUGCAUUAUUGUAUAAUCGACAUGCCAGACGCCUAUCCAAUUCAUAUGGCAAUAGCCACAAUCACCACAGCCAUAGCCACAGCAGCCAUAAGCAGCAGGCGCAUCAUCAUCAACAACAACAGCCACAUAUGUUGCAGGGACAUCAGCAACAUUUAACCAUAACUAAGAAUACAAACAACAACAACAACAAUAAUAAUGUUAAUCACAAUUUAUCUGACACCGAAACCACUGGAACACCGGCUACAGCAGCAGCCACGGCAACCGCAACCGCAACCAUAACUUUGUAAUAAGGCCUAUACUAUACCCAUAAAGCUCCAUGUAUACCCCCCCACCCCAUACCAGCCAGCAAAGCCAACUCUCUCUCCUAUCCCCAAAAUAGAUUUAGGAUUUAGCUAUAAGGACUAUUGGUUUUAAGCCACACAUUACAUGAUGAUAACAACAAAUUUGAAAGAUGAAGAGAAAAUAACAACAAAAAAGAUAUUGUUAAAGAAUUUCAAUAAUUACAGAAUACCCAACAAUACAGAAUGCCAUUGGUAACAUUUGAAAAAGGAAGAAACCUCAGCCAGGGGAAUGUUUACAAACAAACAAAAUGAAAAGGGCUAUCCAUCAUCUAAGGACUAAGGAAAUGCAGGCAGACUCUUCAUACUCCCCACAAAAAGGACUUUUGACCAUGGUCAAAGUCCUGCUGCAAAGCAACGCGAAGAAUAACAAUGGUAAACAAAUAAUUGUUAUUAACAUUUGUAUAUUUUACAGCUUUCAAAAAGCUUAAAAAAUUACCUUCGCCAUCAAAAACCCAUAUCAACUACUUUACGCCCAACAGGGGAUGAUGUUGCCACGAUUGCUGUUCACAACCAACCGUCUUUUUGCCAAUCUUCAAGGAUGAUGGAAUUCUUUUUUAUUUUGCCAUACCAGACCUCUGGCCCAAUCACAUCAACAAUAGCAACAGCAACAGCAAAAACUUAAGUAAAACGAAAUCUACUCUUAAUUUUUUCCACCAUAAAAAGAAAAUAAAAAUGAAACCCCUUUUUUUGAUGGUUUAUAUAUUUACACACACACAACAAACUUGAAAACGAAAAAAGAGAAAAAGAGAGAAAAGCAAGAAAACCGAAAAAAGGUAAAUCAAUUUUAAAAAUAUCCAAUUUUUCCUCCCCCAUCUAUAAGAAAUUUAAUUUUAUUAAAUAACCAUACAAAAAAAAAAUGAUAAAAUAAACAAAAAAACAUAAAUAAAAUAAAGUGAAAAAUUAAAAAAAAA